AUGGGUAACAAGUCAAGCCUUCUUUUACGCGAGGAUGAAAUAGCGCAAAUACAAAAUGCUACUGGUUUUACACCAAAUCAAAUCGAACGUUUGUACAGCCGCUUUACAAGUCUGGAUCGCGGAGAUUGUGGAACACUCAGUCGAGAAGAUUUUCUCAGAAUCCCAGAAUUGGCGAUAAAUCCUCUUGGUGAAAGGAUAGUAAACGCUUUCUUUGAAGAAAGUGGAAACGACAGAGUGAAUUUCUUACAGUUUAUGCAAGUCUUGGCUCAUUUUAGGCCUAUCAAAAAGAACAGUCCCAAUCGAUUAAAUUCUAGGCAGCAAAAGUUAAAAUUUGCAUUCAAAAUGUAUGAUUUGGAUAACGACGAUUUGAUAUCGAAAGAUGAACUACUUGCUAUUUUACAUAUGAUGGUUGGUGCAAAUAUUAGUGAAGAACAGCUAACCAGCAUUGCGGAACGGACUAUAGUCGAGGCUGAUGAAAAUGGUGAUAGUAUGAUAUCAUUUGAAGAAUUUUGUAAGGCAUUAGAACGUACAGAUGUUGAGCAGAAAAUGUCAAUAAGAUUUCUCAGUUAAAUUGAUUGUGGAUUUAUAUAAAAACUAUAAUAUAGAAUUUUAUAGGAGUAGGUAUUUGGGGAAAAAAUUGUCAUAAAUUUUUAUAAUUACUAAAUUGUGCAAUAUACAAACAACUUUAAGUAAUCAGUAACAAGAAAACAAGAAAAGGUACUUAUGAUUGAGAUUGCAAGAGAUUUAUAUAAAAUGUACAAUAUAAAUCUUGGAUUUUCAAGAAUUGUAGGAAUUGAAAAAGAA